AUGUCUACUUCUUACCAGACCAACGCGAAACCCCGCGGGCGUAGGGGGAGCUAUUCGGAAUCCUCUGAGAAGCAAUCUAACAGUAGAGCUUCCAGCUCUGCAUCUGUGAGACUUUCCAAAACUCUUUCCAGACAUCUAGAUGAGGUGUCAGCUCCCAGAAAUAGCCGGCCAAGUUCUCCUGCUGUACACAACCACAGUCACCGACACAGGAACCUGGAUUUGAGGUCUUCCGACCCAUGUGUCAAUUCCAGAGGCCAAACUCCGGAGCGAAGGAGUCGAAGCAAGACCCAAUCAGGACUAUCCUACACUAGUGAUAAAGAUGCACACCCAAGCACAGCGACAGCCGCGUCCGUCGCAUCACCCGAGCCACACAGAUCAGCUUCCUUCAGCGUACUUGGUAACUCUAACGGACUCUCAGAUCCCAAAUCACGGAGCCCCGAGUCGAUGAACGUCCCACAGGGACUGACUCGAAACACAAGAUCUUUCAAAUCAUUGGCAUCCAUGCAACCAACUGUCACUGAGGAAGCUGAGGAGCACAUUGGCCAGCGGAAUUCAAUGACACCCCAGCCAUCCUUGCAAUCCCCCACUAUUGUUCCUUCGCCUGCGCCUCCUAAAGUGUCUGAUAUGCUGCCGCCGCGUGACAUCCCAAUGCCAUUCUCGCCAGUGACGGCAAAAUCGUCCCCACAAGUUCUUCCGGGCUUUGAUCCCAGGACCUCGGACACUUCAUUAGACGAGUUGCUUCUCGCUGCACCUGCUCCCAAAGCUCCGGUACCAUUCAUAUCCCAACCUGUAAUCAGUAGCGAUGAAGAAGGAGCUCCAGUUACGAUUGUCCCAAGCCUGGCAGGGGGGUGGGAACAGCCUCAAACGUACGAGCAAACGCCAAUUCAGAGUUAUACUCCUUUGGCAUCUCCUCCACAGUCACCAAUGCUUCAUCAGUAUAUGGGAAGCCCGCCCCUCCAGGCCGUACCUUACAUGCACCCAUUCCCAUAUCCACCACCGCUAAUGCCCAACCCAACCUAUAGCCCUGGCUUCUAUCCUACCCAAUUUGCACCUCCUCCUCCUCCGAUGCCAAACUUUCAAACUGACAUGAUUCCAAGGUCGGGAUCUGCGGGAGCCGAGGAUGAGCGGACAAGACUUCUUGAGAAGGUCUCCAACGUCCUUCCGGACAUCAAUCGCCUUCUUCAUCACUACCAGGAGACGCAAGGUCUUCUGUCAGAGAAAGAAAAUCUCGUCAGACAAGCUGAGACACAUCAUGUAGAAGAAGUGGCGAAACUCCAAGUCGAGCUGACAGUGACCAAGGAGGAGUUUGAAAAGCUCCUUGGGGAGCUGGCUACAGAGAAUGUGAGGCUGAAGGGAGAACUCGCAGACCAAGCCGAAAAGCUCGCGCGAGUAGAAGAGAACUCUGUCAGAUCAGCAAGGAUCCGUGAGGAGUUGGAGGAGCAUAAAUUGAAGUACAAAGAAAUCGAGGCAGAGUGUCAGCAAGGCAGAUCUGUGGUGGAGAACUUGAUGUUGGAGAAAGUAGCUUUGAGAGCGGAGGUCGAGGAAUAUAAAAAGCACCUGGAAGCCAAUGAACUUCGGCAUGAAGACCAGAUGGAGGAAUUGAGACAGAACCUUGAGGAACAGUUCCGAAAGAGGGAUGAAGCGUACAACAAAACCGCCAGCGAACAGAAAACCGGCCUUUCGAAGAUCCAGCUUGAUCUAGCAGGAAUGAUCACCAAGCACAGCAUCCAAAAGAAGGAUCUAGACUCGGUCAGGUCAUUGCUUAGCGAACAAGAGAAAGUUGCAGCCUCGAGAACGAAAGAGCUGGCAGAAACGAGACAGAUGCACAAAGAAGAGUUGGAGGCCCGGGAUCAGCAGGAGCAAGAACAGGAUGCGAGGCACAAGCACGAAGUCGCAUUAUGGUCGAAGAAGAUGGCUGAGGGGAUCGUGAGACGUGAGGAGAUGAUACACGAGAUCCGCACAUCCAUGGAAGCACAAAUCGAGCAGGAGAAGAAGACUGCGGAAUCUCGAAUCGCCUCGCUCACGGAGAAAUUCAGUGGUGAAGAAAAUAGACUCAGCACUGCGCUUGAUGCGAGCAAGGCAUUGGUGGAACAGUUGAAGGAAGAAAUGGGCAAAGAACGAGAGGCACAUAACGCCCUGAAAAGUCUUCAUCUCGAAGAAAAAGUUGCUCACAACGCUUUACAAUUGCAAUACAAUGCCGCCAGUCAACACCACAGUCAACUUACAGAUACGAUGCUCGUAUUGAAGAGCAAGCAGGCAGAGUGGCACCAGCAGAGUGAAAAGAUGGACCGUAUCUUGCAAAGCCUGGGACAGCUCGGCUCUGGCAAGAGUGGGGUUGGUGGUGAUGAGUACUUUGUGAGCGCAUUUGAUCAGCUUGCAUCAUCCGUGGAAGCGAUCUCCAAGCAGUUCUUGCAUGAUGACCUCGGUGGGAGAGCUUUCACUAGAAAUGAAUUUGAGACAUCUGGCCUCCCAGACCUCAUGGGUCAAUCUGAGUGUGCACGAGGACUUCGCGGCCUUGUGAUGCAGAGCCAGAUCUUCAGAAUCUUGCAGCAGCGAAUAUUCGAGCCUUUCCUGUUUGUAACAGCAUACGAUGGAGAUGACAAUUAUGGCGUCGAUCACUGCCUCGCCAUGAUAGCGCGUUUAAUACGAGCGAAGAGCGUCAACAGAGAAAGGAUCUGGAGAUCGAUGACUAUGCGAGCAGUCUAUGGAAGCCCCUAUGGGCGCAAAGCGGCGGUCGCGGCUGCUGGGCGGAUCAGUGAAGAGAUCAUGGAACGACUUCAGACCAUGGCACAUCCAACUAACUAUGACAUGCUACUCAGGGCAGUACGACUUGUGGUCAAAACGGCAAUUCAGCUCUGGCGAAGGUCUCGGCUGGAGUGGGAUUGGAUCUCUUCAACGAUGCCACCGGUCCCGGAUCGGAAACGAGAAACGGACACAAUGCUUUGGGUACGACCACAUGUCGCUCGCGAACGGAUCAUGGGCAGCGUUGAUGGUGAGGAGUCCAAUCAGCACGGAGCAUAUGUCUAUCUGCAAGGCACAGGAAUACGUGAAGAUUCCCCAUUGGUCACUGCACGGCGUCAGGAGUUGUUGGCGGGAGUGGGAGGAUGA